GAGAAGCUAAAAAAAUAUGAGGCGAUCUCUACUGUUUUAUUUAAAUAGGAAAAAAAAAUAGUAUAAAGUACAAGUACUAUUAUCUUUGCACCAUCUAUUAAAAAAAAUCAUUGUUGUUCUUUGUUUUUUUUUUAUUUUCCACCUUCUUCAUGAAAAUUAAACAUAAAAAAUGAAACUAUAUAUACUCGAUCUAGAAAAUUUUGUAUGUGUCACAUGGCUUGUAAAGUAACAAUUCAAAUGUUAAGUUGGCCAUAAUAAAGUAGCUUUCCAUCUAUAAAAUCAAGCAUGGCCAUGUAUUUGAUUGUUAGUUUAGAUACUAAAGAUUGUGGAGGUGAUCAUGGCAGGUUGUACAUAUAGGAAUCUUGCUUUGCCUCGUAAAAAAGUUACCAACCUAAUUUUCUAAGUAUUUUGACAAUGACCUCGAUACCAGUGUUCAUGGGCGCUGCACCUCCCUUACAAGCUCCUUUAUUGUCCCCAUUCAACAAACGUGCUGCCAUCUGCUUCAACUAUAGACUAAAAGGCAUACAAAAGUUCAAAAAGCAUAGAAAUGAAAUGCCCAUUUUCACCACAAUUCUCUUCUGUUCAAAAGCUUAAGCAAGAAGAAUAUUAAACAUGUAUUUCUUUCUACGAGUAACCUUUUCUUUUCUUUCUUAUUUUCCUGUUGAAUAACAUAGAUUGAAACAAUGUAUUUAUGCUACAUGCAUACUUAAUUCUGUCCUAGUUCAUGUUUAUGUUAUGCCUAUGGGUCUGGUUUUACAGACUGGAUUGUUGAAUCCAGAAACUAGGGGUCUUCACUGGUUGCUGACGCUAGCUAACACAUAUUUAUUAAGUAAAAUUCUAGAUGGAGAAUUCAAAACCAUUAACAGCAAUAGUGGAAAGCAAUGGAGGCUAUAACAUAUUCUCAACCCGCCAUGCCUUUUUACAUAAGCAAUUUCCUCUACACCUAAACAACAAUAAAGUAGGAUUUCUUGAAUCCCCACCAAAAUAUCCUCCAUCAUUUCCCUUUUCCCUCCCUAUAUAAGUCCUUGUCUCCAUUCCACCAUUGUCUGUCAGAUGUGUGUCCUCACUGAGCCUUUUCUAACUAAGUUCUCCUUAGCUUUCCCCAUUAAAAUCAUAAUCUCUAAACUCACUAAGAAACCCCACUAAACUUCUUGUUAAUUAUACCUCUUUCAACAAUGGAUACUAUAAGCAAGGCUAAAAAGCUUCAAGCUAUGCACAGUUUGAAGACUCAGUUUUAUUACAAUCUCAUGUUUCGUUCAUUCCUUGCCUUGACGUGUAGUUUGCUUUUUUCCUUUCCUCUUUGGUUUCCAUCCCUAUGUUCAUCCAUGAAGCUAUUUCUAUCUCUAUCCAUCCCAAAUAAGUUUUCCUCCUUCUUUAGCCCCAAGUGCUUGUUUAUACUGGUAAAUGUCAUUGUUGUCUUUCUUGUUGGAGAAUCAAGGUUUGGUGGGUCUCACUCAUCUCCAGUGGGCGAAAUUUAUGAUGAAUAUGUAGAGAGGAGCUGGAGUCUUAGAGGAGUGUCAACUCAUCAAGACAAGGCAGAGGAGAGUAAACUGGAGGUGAACUGGGUUGACCAAGAGACUAAUGUUCAAGAUAAAGAAGUAGUACUGAAGGAAGAAGUUGAUGAAUUAACCAACAAAGGAGAUAAAGAAGUAGCGGUGAAGGAAGAAGAUGGUAGAGAAGCUAAUGAAUUAACCAACAAAGGAAAGAAGGAUGCUCAUGAAGAGGUUAAAGUAAAAGAAGAUAGGCAUGAGGAGAAGGAAAUAAGUGAAGAAGAAGAAGAAGAGAGAGUGGAUUGCCUCCAGAGGAACUGAACAGAAGAGUCGAAGAGUUCAUUGCAAGGGUUAAUAAGCAAAGGUGGCUUCAAGCCCAGUUAUUAGUCUGUUGUAAGGCAUGAUUACUAGGAUCCAGACACUGUAGUGCCAUCAGAAAGUUGGAGUAAAUGCUGUAUUCCUUGCUGCUAUGGUCAUUAUUUUUGGCACAAUAAAUCUGCCAAGUUUUCUGUACUUGGAACUUAGGAGAAGGGCUUUGUAAAUAAUCUGUACUUAUAAAUAUUUAUCUCUAUUGACAUACAGUUUAUAAAUAAAGGACUCUUCAUUUUUAAUUU